AUGAUUCCAAUUCACCCAGUUCAAAUUAAUUCUACAAUUCCAAAUGGCACUUAUUGGUCACUAAAAAAUAUUUUAUUUAUUUUAAUUUCUAAAUUAGCAUAUGGAAAUUUAUCUGUAUUACAAAUAGGUGAUGUCAUUCAUAUUAAAUUAAGUGGAGAUGGACAUCAAGUAGGCAAACACCAUAAUCAUUUAAUAUUUAUUGCAUGCAUGCUAAAUAAACAUGAUGCUGUUUUAAGUUCCUCCAAUCAAUAUUGUAUUUUUCUUUACAAUGGUGUAAAACAAUAUGAGGUCCUUCAAAAAGCUCUUAGCUUUUUAAUUGAUGAAUUAAUAGUUUUAAAUAAAGAGA